AUGGAUAAUUACAUAUUCAGGAAAUGUGACUUAGAUCUGUUGCGCCUUGCUGAAGCAGCAGAGAGGUUCCAGAAAGAGCAUCAGUGGCAGGAUGAGUUUGUGACGAAUGAUAUUGUCUACUAUAAUGCAAAAGAAGACCUGAAUGAUUCUGGAAGAAGUGAGAACGAAACUGGUAGCCAGAGAAUCAGACCUGUGUUUGAAGAGGAUCCUCUGUUUGGUCGCCAAACUUCAUACCAACAUGCCGCUGUCCAUAUACCAACUGAUAUAUAUGAUGGCUCUACAAUCGUGUUGAAUGAACUGAACUGGACAGGUGCCUUAGAUGAAGUCUUUAAAAAGAACAGAGAAGAAGAUCAAAGUUUGCUGUGGCAGGUUUUUGGCAGCGCAACUGGCCUCGCUAGAUAUUACCCAGCAUCCCCUUGGGUGGACAAGAGUCGAACCCAGAACAAGAUAGAUCUGUAUGACGUCCGUAGAAGACCGUGGUAUAUCCAAGGAGCCGCCUCUCCCAAAGACAUGCUAAUUCUAGUUGAUGCGAGUGGGAGCGUCAGCGGAUUGACCCUCAAGUUGAUCCGAACGUCUGUCAUUGAAAUGUUAGAAACUUUGUCUGACGAUGACUUCGUGAAUGUGGUUUCCUUCAAUGAUAAAGCUCAAAAUGUCAGUUGUUUCAACCAUCUUGUACAAGCUAAUGUGAGGAAUAAGAAGAAACUGAAGGAAGCUGUCUAUAAAAUCCAGGCGAAAGGAAUCACGGAUUACAAAAAAGGGUUCAGUUACGCCUUUGAACAGCUACUCAAUGAUAGUCACAGUGUCUUCAGAGCUAACUGCAACAAGAUUAUAAUGUUGUUUACUGAUGGAGGUGAAGAAAAAGCUCAGGAGAUAUUUGAAAAAUACAACAAGGACAAGAAAGUCCGUGUAUUUACGUUUUCUGUUGGUCAACAUAAUUAUGAUAAAGGUCCCAUACAAUGGAUGGCCUGUGAAAAUAAAGGUUACUAUUAUGAAAUUCCUUCCAUUGGUGCCAUCAGAAUCAACACACAGGAAUACUUGGAUGUUUUGGGCAGGCCAAUGGUUAUGGCUGAGCAAAAAGCUAAACAAGUCCAAUGGACUAACGUUUACUUGGAUGCCCUGGAACUUGGACUGGUCAUUUCUGGAACCCUGCCUGUCUUCAACUUGACCAAAGACCAAAAUAAUGUGCAGAACCAAUUGAUUCUUGGUGUAAUGGGAGUUGAUGUGUCACUAGAAGAAAUUAAAAAACUGACCCCUCGGUUUACUCUGUGUCCAAAUGGUUAUUAUUUUGCAAUUGAUCCCAAUGGUUAUGUGCUGCUUCACCCAAAUCUUCAACCAAAGCACAUUGGUGUGGGCAUUCCCAAAAUUAGAAAAAGGAGACCCCAUGUCCAGAAUCCCAAAUCUCAGGAACCAGUGACACUAGAUUUUCUGGAUGCGGAGCUGGAAAAUGACAUUAAAGUUGAGAUUCGGAAAAAAAUGAUAGAUGGUGAAAGUGGGGACCGGACAUUUAGAACGCUAGUCAAAUCUCAAGAUGAGCGCUAUAUUGAUAAAGGAAACAGAACAUACACAUGGACUGCUGUGAAUGGUACUGAUUACAGUUUGGCUUUGGUGUUACCAUCCUACAGCUUUUACUAUAUCAAAGCCAGGAUUAAUGACACACUAACUCAGGCAAAGUUUACUGCAACUCUGAAGCGAGAGUCCUUUGAUGAAUUUGGAUAUACAUUUUUAGCACCCAGGGACUACUGUAGUACAGUGAAAAUAACAGACAAUAACACUGUAUUUCUUCAGAAUUUCAUUGAAUUUAUGGAUCAAUAUUCACCCGAAAACCCUUCAUGUAAUGGCAUGGUGAUGAGAGUUUUGCUGGAUGCUGGCUUUACAAGUGAACUGGUCCAGAAUUACUGGAGUAAGCAGGACCCUGAGGGAAUUACAGCACGAUUUGUAGCUACUGAUGGAGGGAUCACUAGAGUAUAUCCAAAAAGUGCAGGCGAAUAUUGGACAGAAAAUGCUGAAACAUAUGAACAGAGUUUCUACAAAAGGAGCUUAGAUAAUGAAAAUUAUAUCUUCACCGCUCCAUUCUUCAACCGAAGUAUCUAUGAAGAUGGCAUCAUGGUAAGCAAGGCUGUGAAGAUAACUGUGAAUGGAAAACUUCUGAAACCAGCAGUGGUUGGAGUAAAAAUCAGUCUGACCAACUGGAUGAAAAAUUUCACUACAAUCACAACUAAAGAUCAGUGCAAAAGUGGAAGUGAACUUUGCGGAUGUGAAAAGAACAGUCCGCACGUUGAUUGUGUUAUCCUUGAUGAUGGGGGAUUUCUUUUGAUGACCAACCAAGAUAAUUAUAUUCCAGAGAUUGGAAAAUUUUUUGGUGAGAUUGACCCAGGCCUCAUGCGAAAUCUCAUCAAUAUGUCCUUAUAUGCCUUCAACAAGUCUUACGACUAUCAGUCUGUGUGCGAUCCAGAAGAAGAACCAAAACAAGGAGCUGGCCUCCGCUCCAUCAAUGUGCCUACAAUAGCAGAUAUUUUACACCUUGGUUGGUGGGCUUCUGCAGCUGCCUGGUCUAUUUUGCAGCAGCUAUUUUGGGGGCUGACCUUCCCACGUUUCCUUGGAGCAGUGGAAGUAGAAGAUGAAGAUUUCAGCGCCAUCCCGUCAAAACAGAGCUGUAUCACGGUACAAACGCAAUAUUUCUUUGGGAACGAUGAGAAAUCCUUCAAUGGCAUCCUUGACUGUAUCAACUGUUCUAGGCUUUUUCAUGCAGAGAAAAUUUCCAACACAAAUUUGGUUUUCAUCAUGAGUGACAGUAAAGAAUUGUGCCAUCACUGUGAUGCAAGGCCACUGAUGCAAGCAGAGAAGCCUGAUGAAGGACCUAAUCCAUGUGAAAUGGUUCAACGCCCCAGGUACAGGAAAGGACCAGAUGCCUGUUUUGAUGAUGCUAAAGAUGAUUCAGCUGACUGUGGUGGGGUCUCUGGCUUGAGUCCACCACUCUGGUCUAUGAUAGGAAUCCAAUUUAUCCUGCUCUGGAUGUUAUCUGGCAGCAGACACUGCCAGUUAUGACCCUGUUAAAUCCAAACCUAUGUAACAAAUCAAGAUCCUGCCAAAAUGUUAGCCCGCCGUUUCAUUCAGAAAAAGGGGGCCCAGUCUGCUCAGGCUGCAGAUAAAUGGCAGUGCCAGUGACUUGGUAUCUUCUUUGGGAAAGACGCUGAAGGCACCCACCGUGGCUGCAUGUUGGUGUGUCAGAUCCGUACCCGUGUGUGAAUGCUUCAUCAUCUAGGCCAUCAGAACCGAAUUCUGUAUGUGCUUUACUGUGGAAUUGCAGGGUUGGGUUUGGUCUUCUUUUGUGUGUGUGCUUUUGAAGACUUUAUGUAAAAAGGGCUCCCCUUGAAAAAAAUUACCUGAUUUCUGUUUAUUUGAACUUAGUUUUGAAUGGGUUGCACUUCUUAUACAUUGGAACAAAUGAUUUGUAAAGGAAAGGGAAAACCCUGCUAUUUCCUUCGCCUUCUUAUUUAGAAUACUGAUAUUUAUAUGCCUGCUUUCAACAUUGUUUGUGUCCAGAAUACAAACUCAACUUCAGUUUCAUCCCAUACCAUUUCAUCCUGGCUAGCCUGUGUAAAAUUAACUAUAAAUCAAUGCUGUAAUUUAAAAAAACAAAAAAACACAGAGACUUCUUCACUACUUUCCUCAUCACUUCCUUCCAGCACCUCCGUAACCAUUGCUCCCACUACCGACUUCAAGCUCAUCAAUGCGACAUCAUUAGUACACCUGAAAAUGUUUCUAAACCCAGGGUCUGAAAUACUCUGGGGGAAAUGAAAAUGGUGGUUGGAAAAUGGCAAUUGAUUUUAAAAUAAAAAAGACUUAGGAAAAAAAAGCUAAGUUUUAGGAAGCAGUGAUAGGCUAGGUGUCAAAGAUCUCCUGGAUAGCUGCAAGCAUUGAAUUGGACACUUGCAGGCUACCCAUCGACAGACUUUUCAUCAUAAUGUAAAAUGCCUUAUAAUGGAUCAUCUUUGUUUUCUAAAAAUUAGUCAGCUUCCAUAACUUCAUGAACUGAAUGCAAAAUUCUGAAAAGGCAAGC